CUCAUUAUGCGCCCACUGUGUGCAGAAACAGUGGUGAAUGGCAGACGUAGUCCUUUAACUGGUGGAGCUCAAAAUUAAGAGGGGCAGCCUGGGAAGAAAGCGGGGAGUGUCACUUUGCUGUGAUAAAUGCUGUUAGGCUGAGUACAUAAUCCUUUGGGAGCAUUGGGGAGGUGUCCUAGUCCGAACUGGAGGUGUUGGCAAAGAUUUCUCAGAGCAAGGGAGUGAUAUUUAAGCCAAAUACUGGAAGGAAUAGUAGGAAUUAACCAGGAUGCAGUCAUCAGAACGUGAGCCUGAGGCCAGCCCCAGCGUGAUGCCUGAGGCUCCCCCGGAGUCUCCACCAGCCCCUGCCAAAUCCCCUGCGUUUGAUCUUUUCAACUUGGUUCUGUCCUACAAGAGGCUGGAGAUCUACCUUGAACCUCUGAAGGACGCAGGUGACGGUGUCCGGUACUUGCUCAGGUGGCAGACGCCUUUGUGUUCCUUGCUGACCUGCCUGGGCCUCAACGUCUUGUUCCUCACUUUGAAUGAGGGUGCAUGGUACUCUGUGGGUGCCCUGGUGAUUUCAGUGCCCGCUCUUCUGGGCUACCUGCAGGAAGUUUGCCGGGCACGGCUGCCCGAGUCUGAGCUGAUGCGGAGGAAAUACCAUAGCGUGAGGCAGGAGGACCUGCAGAGAGUUCGCCUGUCUCGCCCCGAGGCUGUGGCUGAGGUGAAGAGCUUCUUGAUCCAGCUGGAGGCCUUCCUGCGCCACCUGUGCUGCACCUGUGAAGCUGUCUACCGAGUGCUACGCUGGGAGAACCCCACCGUGUCCUCGCAGUUCUAUGGGGCUCUUCUGGGCACGGUUUGCAUGCUGUAUCUGCUGCCGCUGUGUUGGGUCCUUGCCCUUUUAAACAGCACACUCUUUCUAGGGAAUGUGGAGUUCUUCCGAGUGGUGUCUGAGUACAGGGCAUCUCUGCAGCGGCGGAUGCAACCCAGCCAGGAUGAGGGUGCCUUCCAGAGCCCAGCGCCCCCGGAUGCUGGGGGGAAGGGCAUUCUGCCAGACUGCACGCCUGUACCCACACCCACAGAGGACCUCACGCCAGGCAGUGUGGAGGAGGCCGAGGAGGCCGAGCCUGAUGAGGAGUUUAAAGAUGCGAUUGAGGAGACCCACCUGGUGGUGCUGGAGGAUGAUGAGGGUGCCCCGUGCCCAGUAGAGGAUGAGCUGGCCCUGCAUGACAACGGGUUCCUGAGCAAGAAUGAAGUGCUGCGCAGCAAGGUGUCGCGGCUCACAGAGCGGCUCCGCAAGCGGUACCCCACUAACAACUUUGGGAGCUGUACGGGCUGCUCAGCCACCUUCUCAGUGCUGAAGAAGAGGCGAAGCUGCAGUAACUGUGGAAACAGCUUCUGCUCCCGGUGCUGCUCCUUCAAGGUGCCCAAGGCUUCCAUGGGCGCCACAGCCCCUGAAGCCCAGAGAGAGACUGUGUUUGUGUGUGCCUCGUGUAACCAGACCUUGAGCAAGUGAGAAGAGGGGACAGGAUGCAAGCAGGCUCCAGUCCCUGGGUCAGCAGUAGAUCCCACUCUCCCUACCCCUCGCCCCAUGUGGCGUGUGCUGGGCAAAUGUGGCCCAAAUGCUAGGUAGGCUUCCCCUCUCUGCCCUUGCUGUCUCUAGUCGGGUUCUGGAGCUGUUCCCCACUUCUGUGGAUAGUUAGUAUGGCUGCUCUUAAACCCCUGGGGGCGUCUGGCAUGUUUGCCUUACUCUGUCCCAGGCUUAGUAGAUUUAGGGUUAGGCAGGGGAUUUGCGCUAGAGGGCAGCAGAGAGCCACACCUGGUCUCAAUUAGGGUCUCUGGGGAUCAGGGCCUCGCUCCAAAGCUGGGAAUAUUCUGAGACUGGAGAUCAGAAACUGGGGAAAGAGAUAUUCUCCUGCUAGGUACUGGGCCAAGCCCUUUGCCCCUGAGAGUCUGCAGAAGGGCUUGGGAGGGCCAUGCCCCAAGUCUGCUGUUUGUCCCUCCAGGCAUCAGGAUCUCAUUGUACCCACCAGAGGGUGUGGCCUGGGCUAACAAGACCAAAAGUAUUUCUAGAAACAGGGUUGAAGUCCCCAAGUUCCCCCAGAGGAGGAUGUGUCUAGGAGGGCCUGGCAGAGUCCUUAGUAUUUAUUAACUGGAGCAAAACGUAGGGAGCCCCUGCAGCUCAAAGGACCUCAGCCCCACCUUGCAGAAACCUUGACUUGUAGAAUCUUAGUCCACAUGCUGCCCUGGUGCCCUCAGCCCUGAUGGAUAGAUGCCAGGCACUCAGAUCACUUCUCCCGCUGCUCAGAGCCUCGGGCACCCGUCCUCUGGCUCAGAGCUACAUUUCCCCUUCCCAGCCCCUUGCCCCAUGGAGUAUGAGACCAGGCGAACAGAGCAGAGGUCUUGAAGCCUUUGACCCUUGGGGGCCUGGGAAGUGUGUGAUUUUGCUGAGCUGGGUCCUAAGUUCCAGGACUGGACAGUCUCAGUUAUGGGACAAGGCCACUUGGGGUCCCCAUCUUCUCUCCAGCAGUUUCAUAUUCCCUUGUAUACUCUUCAGGGCUCUGUGUCUCUAAGCCAUGAGCGGGCUCAGGCACCCCUACCUUCCCCUGGAGCCUUUUUGAAGUAUUUAUUUAUUUAUUGUAUGGUUCCUGGGAACAUGUGGCACAAGGAAUGGACCGAGGAGGAUGGGGGCUUCUCCUGCUUUAGGAUGCUACCCUGGAGUCUUGGGCUGCCUGGGACUCAGAGCCCAUAGGUGGUGAUGUUUCUAUACCCUAAGCAGGGGCCCUGGAGGCAGAUUGGGGAGACAAGGACCAUCCUAGGCCAGUUUUCUUGCCAGGCCAACCAGUCUAGCCAGGGCUGGGAAGACAGGGUUCUGCUCCCGGCCAGUGAGGUGCAAGUCUCUGGGGAACCAGGCAGGUCUUGGUGUAUCCCCUUUCUCGGGCUCCCUUUUCCUGUUCAGAGAUGAGAGUUAAGUGUCCUGUGCUUUAUUACACUGGAGAGGAACAAAAGGACUUUUGUGUAUGUGGAAAAUUAUCAAUAAAAAGGCCUCAUGUGUCUUAAGUUUUUGACCUGGUCCU